CUUGACCCAGCAACGAGUGAUCUUUAGUAGAACAGGGAUUUUUCCAUGGGAAAAUUACCGCUAAAAGUUGCGCAAUUUUCGUCACGGAAAGCGACAACGCCUAGAAUGUUGCCUUCACAAUCGCAAGAAUGCAACAUUUAACUAUAUAUCUUAAGCAUACAAUAUCCAUUAAUUGCAUAUACAAAGCUCACCUGUUGCCUAUGCAAAAGUGAUAGUCAAGCGAAUUAUUGGAGAAUUAUACUUACUCAGUAAUCGUACAAUUCGCACUUUUCGAUCUAGAUAUGAAGCUCUACGGUGUAUCAGAUGGACCACCAUCUUUGGCUGUCCGGAUGGCUCUGAAGGCUCUGGACAUUCCCUUUGAACUUGUGAAUGUUGAUUAUUGUGCCGGAGAACAUCUAACGGAGAAAUAUGCUGAAAUUAAUCCGCAAAAGGAGAUUCCAGUUCUGGAUGAUGAUGGGUUUUAUCUGUCCGAAAGCAUUGCUAUUUUGCAGUAUCUCUGCGAUAAAUAUCGUCCGGAUUCUCAACUCUAUCCCAAGGAUCCUAAGGCAAGGGCCAUCGUUAACCAUCGACUCAAUUUCAACUCGGCAUUUUACUACAGCAGCAUUUCCAUGUAUGUGAUGGCUCCCAUUUUCUUCGACUACCAACGCACUCCAAUUGGACUGAAGAAGCUGAAUAUGUCCUUGGAGGCCUUUGAAACUUAUAUGAAACGCUCUGGAACAAAAUAUGCAGCUGCAGAUUAUCUGACGAUUGCUGACUUCCCUCUCGUAACAGCUACUUUGUGCUUGGAAGCUAUCAACUUCAGCCUGGAUGAAUAUACACUAGUGAAGGCUUGGUAUGCUAAUUUCAAGAAGGAAUAUCCCGAUUUGUGGGCAAUUGGAGAGGGUGGAAUGAAGGAAAUUGCUGAGUUCGAGAAGAACCCACCAGAUCUCAGCCGCAUGGUCCAUCCCAUUCAUCCAAUGCGAAAGAAUUGAGGAUUCAAGGGGUUUUCAAAAUAAAAUACUCUGUGUCAUUUUUGAUGUAUCUUUCUUUGCAAAGAAAACUGUUGCACAACAUUUA